AUGGUAACAGUACGGUACUGUGAAACUAGGUAUCAAGCGCAAAAAUUAAAUGGAGAUUUGGUCUAUGUAAAUGGUAGCAACUGUUCUAAUUUAGAACUUCCAGAACUGCGGGAAGAUGAGUUAAAUUUUGUUGUUUCUUUUGCGGAGUACAGCAGUACACAUCGUGAGGAUAUUUCAUUCGGGAAAAAUACGGUAAUUAUAGUCUCAAAAAAUAUUGAUAAUGGUUGGGCUGAGGGUAUUGUCGUUGGCUAUAAUGGCAAACGUUUAGGACGUUCCGGCCUUUUUCCGAGGACAUUCGUUUUGCCGUUAAAACUAAACAAAGAUACGAAGUCAUGCAAUGGAGCUCAUAAAACUUUACCAGGAAAUGUUAAAGCAGUCGUCAGUGACGCAGUUAAGGAAGAGAAGAAAAGUUUAACCUUAACAGGUGAAAAAGCAACAUAUCAAAUCAACUCUCCGCCUGCCACUGGCUCAGUUCCCUCUGAUGUAACGCAUGAUCCUUCACCACUAAAGAGUGACAACCAAACUUGCGUGGAAAACAGGCCACACGCUAGAGCAAUAUUUUCUUUCCGUGGCGAGAAUGAUGGAGAGUUGAGCUUUGAGGCUGGAUCAACUUUACUUCUUCGUCGUUAUCUUGAGCUUGGAUGGAUUGAAGGGGAAUACAAUGGGAAGGUUGGAAUUUUUCCUGCUAGUUACGUUCGCGUUAUAGUUGAUGUACCAGGAAUAUUUUCACUUGGUGGUAAACCUCUCAGGCGAAUCUCAAAAAACAGCAUUCUCGGGAUUGCAAGUGUGUUGUAUGAUUUCAACGGCCGUGAGGAUGACGAACUAACUGUAUAUGCCGGAGAAAGUGUUUCCGUUCUUGAAUUGGUCAGCAACGAAUGGGCUCGUUGUUAUGACCCUGGCAGAGACCGCACUGGAAUCAUUCCUGUAUCAUUUCUCAAUAUAUUUAUGAAUGAAGAUGAUGAGGAGUCUUCUCAUGAAGAGAGUUCUGACAGUGAGAACCUUUUCGAAACACAGCAAUUUCGACCUUCUCUGUAUGAUACUGUUAGUAGCAGGGCGUCGCUUGAUAUUCAGAGGCCCACCUUAGCUGAUAAAAAUGAAUCGCUCUCUAUUGACCAACAAGAGGGUAAAAGUUUUGGACCCGCUUUUGAUUCGAAAACUUUAGAAGCAUUUUUUGGUACAAAUUGUACUUCCCUAAAUUUCGGGUCCGAAUCUUCUUCUGCACGAAAGGAGAAGAAACCUCCAGUACGUCCGCCUCCUCCAAAACUCAGAACUGUUGCCAAAACUGCCGUUGCACUGCGUAAUUCCCCUCCUCCCAGGCCAACAGAUUUGCCGAAGCGACUUUCACUAGCUACAGCACCAAGCUCUCGUAGUAGUGAAGUUUUGUGUUUUUCACCUACUGAUUUAAGUAGGUGUUCUUUACCGCCAAGCCCUUGUUUGGAAAUGGCAGAAACUUAUGACAAAAACGUGAGUCAAGAAAAUAUCUCCAAAAAAAAACAUAUCAUCGAGGACCUGAUCUCCUCGGAACUACAGUACCUGAGCGACAUUGGCAUGUGGGAAGCAGAAAUAUUACAGUCUAGUGGUAUUAGUGAUGAUUACAAAAGAAUUUUAACAAAUGGUUUUCCACAGUUGAGGGAAUUGUCAAGAUCAUUAGUUUCACGGCUAGUUGCGGAACAACAAAGUAAAGCUUCUGAACCUUGCUAUGGGCAAGCAUUUCUUGAUCUACGCGAAGAAUUUAUGCGAACUUUUGGUCUUUACUUUCGAUCCGUCGAAAGUGUUAGUAGCAUCACUGCGGGGAUGCGUUCGUUGGGAUCAAAUGUGUUUGAUGUUCCGACAGCGGUCUCGCGGCCUAUUCAACGUUGUUUGAAGUAUCCUCUUUUCAUCGGCGAGUUAAUUAAGGUUACUCCAUUGAAUCAUGUUGACCAUCCUAAGCUUUUAGAAGCCUUGAAACAGAUGAGCGUUUUAGCAUCAAAAAUGAAUGAGUCGAAACGGCGCAAAGAACUCGCUGUAAAGUAUCGGAACGUUGGGUCGGAGCCACUGACGAAGCGCUUAUCACGUUUGAAUAUUCAUACGGUUAAAAAGAAAAGUAAUAGAUUCAAAUAUCGGCUAACUUCACAAUUUGGACUUAUUCACAUGGAUAAAGAUCCCGCUUUUGACACUAUGACUGCAAAUCUUGACAGAUGUGAGAGGCGAAUAUGUAAGCUUCUGCACGCCGUACAGGUCUACAAACAGUUGAUUGUUACGCAGUCAAAAAAAUAUGUUGAAAUGUAUACCUCACAUGAGAAACUUUCUAAUAAUAACAAUGGAUUGAAUGCGGAAAUUCGAGGAUACUGUAAAGUUUUACUGCAGGAAAGCACUUCAUUAGCUCAUUUUUUAGACGAAGCGAUAGGCGCAGAAGCUAAGAAGUUUCUUCGGCUGCCGAUAACGAAAGUGAUUCAGAAACGAUAUGAUAAAUUAAUUGAUUAUAUGUCAGCUAAACGAGAGGAUAAAAACCCUGAGGAGAUCCGAUUAAGGCAGUGCGAUUACGAAGCUUUAAAUAAUCAGUUAAAAGCAACUCUUCCUAAAAUUAUAGAUAAUAUAAAAAAGCGGACUUUCUCAUUUGUUGAGAUUGUGGUUUCGAAAGAUAUGGAGUUUUUCACCAAAGUCGCUCAGUUGCGCAAGGAUUUGCCGUUGCUGUCAUCAUUACCACCACCUAGACCUGUUUUGCCGAAAAGGACAGUUACUGAUUCAGGAAAAAUCAAUAGUGAUGAAACUAAUCUAAUUGAUCUUGAAGAAAAUUUGCUGGAUUUCGUUACUCCUUUACAGGUGCACCCUCCGGUUUUUGUUGCCAAUGAGAACGGCAUUUCGCCAACAUUCGCACCGUUGUCGCUCAAUCAUGCGACUUCUGUCACGAAUUCACCCGUUGUUGCGCCAAAUACUUUUAACUCAUCACUGGCAUCUGGUACUUCAUUACCAAUUUCUGCCGAUGCAUUGCUUAAUGACCUUCUUCCAAAUGAAUUGGAUAGAUCCCAAAUACUUUCUUCGUUGGAUGCUCCUUUAAUUCCGUUCCGCCCGUACGAAACAACUGGUGGAUCCUCGUCCAGAGAUAAAUUUGCUUUGCCGCUUUUGCCACUGACUGAAGCAUCUGUAGCGGCUCAAGAUGAGCCCCUUGUAAUGCCUACCGUGAAUUUAACUUCGCUUGGUAAAGCUCCGCAGUCUUGUGAUGGUCUUGAAAAUGGUAGAACGAGUGUUUACUACGAACCACCUGUGGAGGAUCCUAAGAAUUGUCAAAAUUUGUCGUUGAAUUCGAAUGCGAUUACUCCCAUUCGUGCUGCUCCUCUCCCACCCUCAAGCACUGUCGGAAACUGGGGUGACCAAAAGAACUUAGUUUUUGAGCCUUGGAAGGCAGAAUUUGACUACAGUGGUUCUUUGGAUUGUCAAGUCUCGUUAUCUGCUGGCGAGACGGUGUAUGUUUUAAAAAAGUUUGAUGAUGCAAACAAUGAGGAGUGGUGGUUAGUUCGCAAAAAAUCUGGAACUGUUGGUUAUGUUCCUGCAGCUUAUUUGACUUCGAUUUGA